GAAACCCGGGAGAAGCCUUUCUCCAGCCCCCAAAGUUUUGAUGAUGACCAUGACUACGAUGGCUGACGGCUUGGAAGGCCAGGACUCGUCCAAAUCCGCCUUCAUGGAGUUCGGGCAGCAGCAGCAACAGCAGCAACAGCAGCAGCAGCAGCAGCAACAGCAGCAACAGCAGCAACCGCCGCCGCCGCCGCCGCCGCCGCCGCAGCCGCACUCGCAGCAGAGCUCCCCGGCCAUGGCAGGCGCGCACUACCCUCUGCACUGCCUGCACUCGGCCGCGGCGGCGGCGGCGGCGGCCGGCUCGCACCACCACCACCACCAGCACCACCACCACGGCUCGCCCUACGCGUCGGGCGGAGGCAACUCCUACAACCACCGCUCGCUCGCCGCCUACCCCUACAUGAGCCACUCGCAGCACAGCCCUUACCUCCAGUCCUACCACAACAGCAGCGCGGCCGCCCAGACACGAGGGGACGACACAGAUCAACAGAAAACCACAGUGAUUGAAAACGGGGAAAUCAGGUUCAACGGAAAAGGGAAAAAGAUCCGGAAGCCUCGGACCAUUUAUUCUAGCCUGCAGCUCCAGGCUUUAAACCAUCGCUUUCAGCAGACUCAAUACCUGGCCCUUCCUGAGAGAGCCGAGUUGGCAGCUUCCUUAGGACUGACACAAACACAGGUGAAGAUAUGGUUUCAGAACAAGCGCUCUAAGUUUAAGAAACUGCUGAAGCAGGGCAGUAACCCUCAUGAGAGCGACCCCCUCCCGGGCUCGGCAGCCCUGUCGCCGCGCUCGCCAGCGCUGCCUCCAGUGUGGGACGUUUCAGCCUCGGCCAAGGGCGUCAGUAUGCCCCCCAACAGCUACAUGCCGGGCUAUUCGCACUGGUACUCCUCACCACACCAGGACACGAUGCAGAGGCCACAGAUGAUGUGAGUUGUCUGAGGGAGCAGCCUAGGGGAACGUCUGAA